AAAAAAACUUUCGAAUUACUUUUUAAAGUCAAAACUGAAACACGUAAUACAGAAAAGAAAAGACUGGUAUCUGGUGAUUAUCUCCUUUCAUAAAAUUAUCGCAAGUUUUCAGAUGUUGUCACUCUAGCAAAUAAAUGUUAAAAUGUCUGACGAAGUACAGGAACAAGAGUUUUACACCGGCAAAGAAGCUUAUCUUUCGACGAUAUUCAGUAGAUGGCGCACGUUUCAUAUAAUUACGAUGACUGUGACAUUUCUGAGUGCAUUGAUUGCUUGCUUCUCAUUCGUGGCUUAUGGUAGUAAAUUUCAGCCAUAUUGUCCUCUAUUUGCGAAGUUGAGAAUCAGUAAAAUAGAAGCAAAUUCCAAAAAUUAUACGCUUUACUUUAAAGUAAAAAAAAAGGAACCAGAUGGAUCGAUUUGGGGUCCAGACUCUGUAUGCGCUGUUGUCCUCUACACUCCUAUUGUAAGCAUGCUGACUGCACUAACGUGGAUUCUUCUGUUCUGUAGCCACAUUGGCCAACGAACUGCAAAAGGUAACUUCAGUUAUAGCUCCCAAUGGAAACUCGUGCCUCCAGCUUGCAUCACUGGCUUCAUGAUGACGGGAGUAGCUUUUGCAGCAGCCGUUAUUCUCACAAUUGGUGGAAGCAAAUUUUGUGACAGUUUUACAGUGACUGAAUUGGAAAGCUGUGAAAUGGCUCAACGUGUUCACUGGGUCAGCCGCCAGCAAAUGCAUGCCUUCUACGACUACCUUAAGCAAGCUCAAAUUUGCUACUGGCUGAUUACGCAUUCUUGGCUCCUCCAUUCAAUCAUAGCCUCGAUUCGCUGGAACACUGAUGCCGAUUACGUAAUUGCAGAAGAAAGGGAAUUGGUAGAAAAUGCCCGCUGAUUUUUUUCCAUUUCUUUGGUCUAAAAUUGACUUUUUGUUUUUGAAAUAAAAUAUUGUUCAGAAUAUCUAAAAAUUAUAUACUAAGUCUACAAAACGAAAAAAGCAAAAUAAAUAAAAUCAUGAU